AUGGUCAAGGCAGUCGCAGUCGUCCGUGGUGACUCCAAGGUCUCCGGUACCGUUACCUUCGAGCAGGCCUCCGAGUCUGCCCCUACGCAGAUCACAUGGGACAUCACCGGCAACGACGCCAAUGCUAAGCGUGGCAUUCACAUCCACACCUUCGGUGACAACACCAACGGCUGCACCUCCGCCGGCCCGCAUUUCAACCCUCACGGCAAGACCCACGGUGCCCCAACCGACGAGAACCGCCAUGUUGGUGACCUCGGCAACUUCGAGACCGACGCCCAGGGCAAUGGCAAGGGCUCUGUCUCCGACAAACUCAUCAAGCUGAUCGGACCCGAGAGCGUCAUUGGCCGAACCGUCGUCGUCCACGGUGGCACUGAUGACCUCGGCAAGGGAGGCAAUGAGGAGUCCCUCAAGACCGGCAACGCUGGUCCCCGACCGGCUUGCGGUGUCAUUGGCAUCUCCCAGUAG